UCUGUCUGAUUUGCACGUUGAAGUUUUCUUCGAUUGGUCGAGUCUACCUUCCUUCAAACAUGGCGGCGGCUCCGGCUACAAACCCUUCACAAUUGCUCCCGCUUGAGCUUGUGGACAAAUGUAUUGGUUCCCGGAUUCAUAUUGUGAUGAAGAACGACAAGGAGAUUGUCGGCACUCUGUUGGGAUUUGAUGACUUUGUCAACAUGGUGCUUGAAGAUGUCACUGAAUUUGAGAUCACACCAGAGGGAAGGAGGAUAACCAAACUGGAUCAGAUCUUAUUGAAUGGAAACAACAUCACCAUGCUUAUUCCUGGAGGUGAAGGACCUGAAGUAUGAAGAGAGGAGACAUAUUCUCACCUUUUUCUGGAUUUGAGUUUGCCUUCACUCCAGUUUUCCUUUUUUGUGUGUUUUAUAUAUAAAGGUUAUUUUUUUGGAAAAACAUUUUCUUAUGGGAACUCUUUAAUUUUUGCCUGUUUAAAAUGCCUAUACCCACUUUAGGUGUGAUGAGUGAAUUAUGGCUAAGUCUUGCAAGACUCAUUUGUUUUUUGUAAUAAAAACAUGCUAUUGGAACGGAAACAUGAGUGGCAUUUAAUGGAAAAUGAACAUGAGAAUGUCAGGACAAAACCAGUAAAUAUGUCAAGCUAAGCUCAGAUGUUUGUUAAAGCUAAGCAAUUGUUUUUUGCAGUGCAGUAAUACAGGACAUUUAAAUCA